AUGGAAGGCAGCAGCGACAACCGGCAGCAUCUGCCGCCUACCAAGAAGGAGCCUUUACGGGUUCGCAGUUUCUCUUCUAUGCGGCAGCAUGAGCAGCAGCAAUUGGCAGCGGCAGCAGCUCUGCGGUUUCCUAGGGGCCCCGGUCAGUUUUUGCCUUCUCUUCAGCCUCGAGACCCGAAGCUGAAACAGCAUUCCGUGUCACCAUCGCUUCCUUUCCCUUCAGCUGAAGGCAGCGGCAGCGCCAGCAGCAGUGGGAGCCGCAGCACUGUGCCGGCCUCUUCCUCGACUGCUGCUGCAUCUGGGCCAUCUGCCUAUAGCGUGGACGCGUUAGUGCUGCGUUCUCUGCACAGUCAAGCGCCGACUCUCCAAGCCAGAGGGUUAAACAGACCGAAGUUCAUGGGGCCAGUAAAAGCACACAGCAUCCCGGGUGCUGCUGCUGCUGUGGCAGCGGCUUCGCAGAUUCAGAUGUCUCAGGCCAGCACCCCCGAUGCAAAACAGCGAAGCAAAAAGGGCCCCCGUUCCAUUUGCCUGAGCGACUUGGCUAUCGACAAUACCCAGGGCCACUUGUUCCUCCCCAUCACCAUCCCCUUCAAACGUCACUCGCGUGAGCAGGGCAAGCAGGAGACAGACUGCGCCCAGCAGGCCCAGCAGCAGCAGCUGGACGACAUACAGGGCAUAGAUACUGCUGCGUCCACCCCCAACCACUUGAGGGACGGCGAGGGGACUUCCGUGCAACUCAAAAGCGAAAAAUGCAGCUUAGAGGGCUUCAUUAAACGCGACGAGCAAAUUGAUACUCCAGGUGCUUUGUUGCUGAAAGAUCAGCAUGCAGAUGGAGGCCAAGGCGAAUACUGGGAAGACGACCACAGGCUCGAAUUUGUGCAUUUCUGUUUCCCGAAGCUUCUGCCGGCUCUGGACAUUUCCGCAAUGCAAGCUCAGCAGGCUGAGGGUCAACAACCAGCUCAUCAAAAUGCUGAGGAGCAGCAGAACAAAAGCAGCAGCAGCAGUACCAAUAAUAACAGUUCCACCCCUGCCAACAUCGCUCGAAGAAAUUCUCCUACUCCCCUGCAUGCUAUUCCGUCUGGGAGGAUAGGGCAAAUGCUCAUUCGCCGCAGUGGCCGCGUGCACUUACGCCUCACAACUGAAGCGUCUCGUAGCAGAAACGCAAGGACGGACGCGGCAGCAACAGCAGCAACAGGAGAAGCAGCAGCAACAGGAGAAGCAGCAGAAGCACCGGCGGACGCAGAUGAUACAAAAAGGGAAGAAAAGGAUCGGAAGGCAGGAGCUCCGCAGCCUCCCUAUACACUUCACGAUGAUGACAUCUGCUACGACGUGCUUCUCGGCACUGAUGGGUCAUUUGCACAGAUGUGCUGGAUUGUCUGUAAGGAGCACAACACGGAUGGACAUUACGCUGUCAUCUUUAUCCGUGCUGGGCUGAGUGACAUUACGCUGUCAUCUUAA